CCGCCAUGGCGCCGCUGCGCUGCUUCCUGCAGCUGUUGUCCGCUCUGGUGCUUACCUUCGGCCUCACCGCCGGCGAGAUGCGCCAGCCCCUGGCGCUGGAGGCGCUGGGCGAGGCGGUGGAGUUGGCGGAGGAGCUGUGGGGCGCGGGGCUGCCUGGCGAUCUCCCCGAGCUGGAGCCGGAGUGCCGCCGCCUCCUCGUUGCCUUCGCGGAAGACAGCGCGGCGUUGAUGGACUGCCUGGCCCGCCGCGCCCGCCCGGUGCGGCUCUGCCAGGCCUGCCACCUCUACUAUCACCGGCUCCUCGCACAGUAUGGCAACAUCACCCGUGCCGUCGGGAAUUCUUCUGAGAGCCACAAUUGUGCCAAAAGCAUCUUGACCUCAGACAGGCUGCAGGUGGUUGUGACCCUUGUGGAGUUCUUUAAUGACACCUGGGAGACAGCCAACUGUGCAAAUUGUUUAAAGAACAGCAGUGAGGGAUUAUCAGAUUCUACUGUAGAGUUCCUGGAUUUGUUCAAUAAAUCCCUGACAUGUUUUGAACAUAACCUUCAGGGGCAAACCAUCUACCUGUCACCAAAUAACUACACAGAAGUGUGUAGAAACUGCAAUGAAACCUACAGAAAGUUGAAUGACCUUUAUAACAACUUGCAAAGGCUGAACAGGCAAGGUGGUGAGUCUGGGCACUCUGCACACUUGUGUAUCGACGUGGAAGAUGCAAUGAACAUCACUCGGAAGCUCUGGAGCAGGACGUUCAACUGCUCCUUUCCCUGCAGUGAUACGGUCCCGGUGAUCGCAGUCUCCUCCUUCAUUCUUUUCCUACCUAUUGUUUUUUAUCUCAGUAGCUUCCUUCACUCAAAGCAGAAGAAGAGGAUCCUCAUUCUGCCCAAGCGCAUCCAGUCAAAUGCCGCUCUCGUGAACAUCCAAGAAAAAUACAGCUGAGCUGCAAAACAAAACCUGAGAGCUGCUGCUGGUGUACAGUGGGUACAAUUGUGCUGGAAUGAGGCUGGCACAAAAGAGGAGUUAAUUAUGGUUUAGUGGUAAUGAUACGGAGCAACACAAGUUAAACAAAAUGCUGUCUGACUUCUAAGCGAGGAUAUUAACAAGGCAGGGCUGUGCCACACUGUAUGGACUCUGGGUUUGAAAAGAUCUGUGGGUUUUCUUCAGUCUUGGGCUGAAGCUGCUGUUUUUCUCUCUCUUAAGCUUUUGUACUUCUCACCAAUAGAAAAAACCCUACACUUU